GGUAGAAGAAGAAACUCUUUGAAUAUCUCAAAAUAUGCAGGGUGAUUCAUAUGGUGAUUGUAAAAAUGAAAUUAACACAUUCAUCCAAAGAAUGAGCACGUUUUGGCCAUUUCCAAUUCUACUAGGCAAUUUGUAAUUAGAGUUAGCUCGGAUAGAGAAGAUACCAUUACAUAACGUUAAUGACAUUUUAUUUACAUAUUAUAGUAAUUGUUUAUUUAACCUAUAAUCGUAAACAAGUAUCAAACUUAAAUUGAUUUAAUCCUUCAAACUUUUACUAAAUGCAUAUGCCUCUAGUUAGAAAAAUAGAUGGUUUAAAACGGUAAUUACGAUGCGAGAAGUGUGAAGUAAUGGUAUAUAUCUUUUUUAUCCGAGCUGAAUCUACAAGAAAAUCUAUAUUUUUUAAUUUUCUACGUCCCCUUUUAUCCAGGCUAGCUCCCUGUUCAUGCAAAAACUCAACGCAUGAAUCUCUAAUCGAAAACUUCUCCCAUGUGACUAUUACAUAAGGAGCCAUCUAAGUAAUAAAACCUUUCAUUUUCCUAAAAACAAUUUAGUUAACAUAUCGUAAUACGCCAUUCAGUUCGAUAUUUUCUAGUAGUAAUGUUUCCGAAAAUGCCUCUAUUUUCCUAUUUUUUCAUAACGGUUUCUCAAUUCUCACUCGCGAACUGCAGAAAUUCCACUAACGCAGAUAAUCUUACUGAAAUUAUCGAGAAAUUUAAAACGUUGUGGGCCAUGGACGAUUGGAAAAAGUUUGGAUUUUUCGCCGACGAUUACGUGACUGAGAUAAAUUUACAUUGGUUGAAGUAUCCCCCACCAUACAACUCAAGUUUUUACUUCAUAGCGGUACUGUAUAUCAUAAUUAUGAUAUUUGGCUUUUCCGGAAAUUUUUUAGUCAUUUUCCUGUUCGUCAAGUGCAAGUCUUUAAGGACCUCUGCUAAUAAGCUUAUUGUGAACUUGGCUGUAAGUGAUUUUUUGAUGAUGGUGAAAACACCUAUUUUUAUAUAUAAUUCGUUUUUGAGGGGACCUGCGCUUGGCGAUAUAGCCUGUCGAAUCUACGGCUUUCUAGGUGGUCUCACUGGUGUAGCCUCCAUAAUAACCCUCAGCGUAAUCUCUUUCGAUAGAUAUUUCGUCAUAAGAUUCCCACUGAACAGGAGCUUCUCCGACAUUCGAGUGAAAAUUUGCCUCGUCGUUACUUGGAUAUACGGCGCAUGUUUUGCCUCAAUCCCAGUACUGGAUAUCGGCUUCGGAAAGUACACGUACGAAGGUUAUCUGACAAGUUGUAGCUUCGAUUAUCUGACCGAGGAUCCGAUGAUUAAGAAUUUUAUUAUAGUCUUCUUUUGUGCAGCGUGGGCUGUACCGUUGACGUUGAUUUCUUUUAGCUAUAUUAAUAUUAUGAAGGUUGUUUCUGCCAGAGCUAGGUCCCAAAAGCGAGGGACAGACUCCUUUCGGCAUGUCAAAGAAGAGGAUAGCAAGAAGCAGGAGAUUAAACUUGCAUUAAUAGUGUUUUCAACGAUAAUUUUAUGGUUUUUAUCUUGGACACCUUAUGCGAUAGUGGCUUUGUUAGGGGUGAGCGGUCAAAAAGAUUUGAUUACCCCACUCACCUCGAUGAUACCUGCGCUAUCUUGUAAGACCGCUGCUUGCGUCAAUUCUUAUGUAUACGCCUUAUCGCAUCCGAAGUUUAAAACUGAGUUAAGGAAGCUGUUCUGCAGAUCUUUGAAUAGGAAUACAACUGACAAGGUUUGGACUACAGAUUGCACACAAUCAGAAAUAAAUAUCGAUCGCUCAGUAAGUAAAGAUAAUGUAACGGAAAUCCAAAAUUCGACCACCACUUUGACUUUCGAGGAAGCGGUUAAUACAAAGGUUGUUGAUGAUAAAAGAAGUAGGAGUUUGAAGAAGCAAGAAACCGUAGUCGAAAUGAUUUGUUUGAGACCGUCUUUUAGCAAUAAAAGUACCAGUUUCAGGAAGUUAGCCAGGAGGUGGUCGUCAAAAGAGAGACAAAAAUGUGAGGACGAUGAUGAAAAUUCUAAUGUGGAUGAGAUGACGGUCGAAAUUUGCAGUGGGCUCUCUUACUAUAACCAAUACAAUAUGACGACCGCCUAUAUUCAAACAGCAGUCUUCUGCGCAUCCUGA